AUGUCCCUUCAGGAGCCAGUUUGUGAGGAUAUUGAGGAAACAGGUGAGGACCUAGAAGAGAGUGAGGUUGAAAUUGAAGAGGAAGAGGAAGAGGAAAAUGAGGAUCCAGAAACUCAGGAAGCAGCAGACACUCAAGAAGAUAGUGAGGACAAAGUGGAAUUGGCGGAGGUGGAGGAGGAAACAAAAGUGCGUCCCGUGUCACCUGAUUCCCAACCGCUUUUUGACUACGAGGAUUCCCAGGUACUUGAAUCCCAGCUAUCUGAAACCGUGCCAUCCCAGAAUGCAUUGGUGGAGGAUGAAGUCAUUGAAAUUGAUGAAACUCCUUCUCCUGAACCGCUUUGUGAUGAGAAGAUCCCAGAGAAAAAUGCUAGCGAAGAAGAAGAGACCAAACAAGAGAAGGGGUGGAAAGAGGCUAGGAUCGAUGCGCUAAAGGAGCAAAUUGCUAAAUUGAAAAAAGCAUGGACGGCAAAGCAAGCCCGAGAUUCCCUCAAACACGAACAAGCCUCUGACAAGACCGCCUUGGCUUAUGCUGAAGACGAUUUUGAUACCCAAUUCGACCCCAUGAUCGAGGAGCUCGCGAAUCGAUAUCAAGCAAUGAUGAACAUCGAAGAGAUACCAUCGGCCCCAACAGUUCUGCGACGUCAGCAGCUUGCUCUCAAGACAGAUGACCCUGAAGAAGAAAAAGGAACUGAGAAGAAUGGGAAGGCUGAGGAGGGAAAGGAUGGUGGCAGGGGUAGGGGCAGAGGCAAAGGCAAAGGAAGAGGCAAAGGGAAGAAAACACGCAAAGCAAGUGAAGGAAAGAGCAACAAGGAAAGUGCAAAUGAGGAGGAUGACGAGGAUCAUGAUAUGAAGAACAAGUCCCGAACAGGAAAAAGGAAAACAUCGCAGCUUGAAGGUGAAAGCUGUGGUGGUGGUGAAGGCGGGGAAGAGAUGCCUGAAAAGAACCAUGGACAAGUUCAGGCCGAUGCUACCAAGCAUGAAGAUACGAUCGAUGAGGAGGCAAGCAAGGAUGAUAUGAAGAAUGUGAAGGGCAUCGUUUGUGACAAGACAGAGGCAAAGGCAGAGAAAGCGCCUGUCACCUUGGAGGACAACAAAAAGGAUGAGGCCGGAGGUGCUGCGGCAAAAGCACAAAGCAUGAACAAGAGGGCGCGGAAGUCCAAAAAGGAAGAAACUAAUGAAGACAAGGAGGUGGAAGUGGCUUCGAGUGAAAGGCCCAAAGAUGUGAAGAUGAAUGGAAAGGCAGCCUCGAUUGAGAGCACAAAGGUGGAGGAAACAAAGGAGCCUGAGAAGCCAACGAAGAGACCUGAGGAUGUGCAUGAAAAAAAGGCGGAAGAAGAGAAAUCCAAGACUCCCGCUGUUGAAGAGGUGGGUUUGGGCAAGACAGGUUCUGGAGGUGAAACUACAAAUGAAGCUGCACCGGAAGGGGACACAAGAAAGCGAAAAGCAAGAAAGCCAAACAAGCCAGAAAAUGGACAGGAGACGAAAACAAGGAGAAACAAUAAAGCAAACAAGGAAGAGAUUAAGGAUGGAAAUGAUGAUGAGCCAAAGGUGGCAACGGGUGGGCGGGAGGACAUUGAAGAUGAAGGAAUGGAGUCACAGCCAAAAGCAACCAAGCCCAAGGGCGGAAAAAACAAAAACCUGUCAAAGGAAGCGGAAAGUGGAGGCUCUGCUCAGCCACUUGCAGAAAGGAAGUUGAGGAAAAGACUAAGACAAGCAAGCAGCAAGGAGGGUCCUGAAGAACAGGAGAAGAUGAAAGCAAGUGGGAACAAUGAAGCCGAUGAUGACGCAGAAAUCCCUGAAGUAAAGCCUAAAAGGCAGCGUUCAGCGGUUGCGGCAACCUUUGCUCGAAGAGCAUGCCCAAAAAGCGUGAAUGGCAAGAUGAAGUGGGAAGCCCUGAGGAGGGCAUUCGAGACCUACAUCAAACCCGAGCUCAAAGCCUACAGUGCCCACGAGGACUCUUGGGGUUGCUGA